UACCUCCAGGAAGCGCCUCGCACCAGCUUCACGUGAAAAUCACGUUUUUAGAGAAAUCUACAUUUAACAACAUGAUUCGUCCAGCCGAGUCUCUACUUAAGUACGACAAUGCUGUCCUUGUUACGAGGAGUACAGAAAAGAAGUCUGUCAAGGCUAGGUCUUUGAAAGUGAGCCCACAGCCACCACCUAUAACAAGCCCAGUCCCCCCUCCACCAAAGCCCAAAUGUCUGGAAGCAGAUGCCAACAAACAGCAAAUGGAGGAAAUCCUAAAUGUCAUCCUGCCUCCCAGAGAGUGGAUGGAAGGCAGCCAGAUGUGGGUGCAGAAGGUGUCAAGCACACCUUCUACACGUAUGGAUGUGGUGCACCUUCAGGAACAGCUGGACCUGAAGCUACAGCAGAGGCAGGCAAGGGAGACUGGGAUCUGCCCCAUCCGCAGGGAGCUCUACUCACAAUGCUUUGAUGAACUCAUCAGACAGGUGACCAUCAACUGUGCAGAGAGGGGCCUGCUGCUACUUCGGGUCCGAGACGAGAUUCUUAUGACAAUUGCAGCCUACCAAACUCUGUACGAAAGCAGUGUGGCAUUUGGCAUGAGGAAGGCACUGCUGUCUGAGCAGGGCAAGUUUGAAAUAGAGAAGAAGGUCAUGGUCCUAGAAAAUGAAAAGAAGGAUCUGGAGCGGCAGCUAAAUGAACAGAAAACAAAGUGUGAAGCCAUUGAGAAGCGGGAGGCAGAGCGGAGACAGGUUGAGGAGAAGAAACACAUGGAUGAAAUACAGUUCCUUAAGCGCACUAACCAGCAGCUCAAGGCCCAGCUGGAAGGAAUAAUUUCCCCGAAGAAGUGAACUGCUCUUAAUCAUAUGUGCCACUUAUAAUUAUAACCCUUUUAUCAUUGUUUAAUCUCAGCCAUUUCCAUGUUCUCUUUACUCUUUUGAAAGACCAAAACAUUAGGUGUGAAAACAUACCAAUAAGGUACAAGAAGCAGUAGCUUCUCAAAUAACCUUUCAUUUGGGGAAAGGAAGCACAGUUUUUUUGUGCCCACUUAAUAGUAAAUGAGACUUCAUGUAGCGGGAACAUUUUCAUUGUCACUGCUUCUCUGAAUAAUAAUUUGUAAGGUGCCCUUUGGAAUUAAAUGCUGCAUGUCUUCAAUACUUCACAUAGCACUCAUGCCCUUUCCUCCUGAACUCCCCAAUAAUGAAAUGUACAAAGAAAAGGAUAUUAAAUGAUUUAUUUUA